ACAGUAGGAUUUUGUACCGGAAGUGAAGAGUGUAAACAGACGAGCGCCGUCGUUACCCGCGACUGUCAGUGAUGAAACAGUGUUUCCUUGUACCAAACUAAUGUUUCCCUCACUUCCACAGGGAUGCAUCACUUAAGCAGCCUUCGCUAGGUUUAGUCGAUCAGACCGCAGUAAUAAAUCCAGCAGAAACUGAACCCAGAGACCCGGCUGCAGGAGAAGCGCGAUGCCGCGGCGGAAGAGACCAAACCGGGUUUUGAUGUUUUUGACACUUAAGAGAAACGCGGGCAGUAGCUCUGAAGGUACAGAGGAUUCAGACUUCUCUGCGGAGCACACAGACAGCUCAGAGAGUGAUGCCCACGCAGUGAGAAACACCCGUCUCACUCGCUCCUCACUACGGCUCAGCCGCAACUCACAAGAUUCCAGUCCUGUGGGGAACCCGUCUGCCCCAGUUUCAGAGGAGGUGGUGAACUAUUCCACCCGUCGCGUGACUCGCAGUCAACAGCAGGGGGUGUCAGUCUUACCCAAGAAAUACCCCUUGCGGCAGAGUCGCUCUUCUGGCUCAGACACGGAGCAGCAUGGGGAAAUCUCAGAGAGGGACCUGAAGGAAAGUGCAGACCAUGAUGAGUCCCCACCCAGGACGCCCACCGGCAAUGCUCCUUCCUCUGAGUCUGACAUUGACAUGUCCAGCCCAAACGUGUCUCAUGAUGAGAGUCUGGCAAAGGAGCUGUCUCUGAAAGAAUCCAGCCUUGCUCACCGGCCCAAACGACGACGCUUUCAUGAGAGCUACAACUUUAACAUGAAAUGCCCAACACCUGGUUGUAAUUCACUUGGACAUUUAACAGGGAAACAUGAAAGGCACUUUUCAGUAUCUGGAUGUCCACUGUACCAUAACCUUUCAGCAGAUGAGUGUAAGGUGAAGGGAAGCUCUCGAGACAAACACGUGGAGGAGCGGACGCUGUCACAGCGGCAGGAUGAGAACCGCCAUUCGGCUCGGCAACAGGCCCAAAUGGAGCGACAGCUGCGGUAUAAAGAAAAGGUGACGGAGAUGAGGAGGAAGAGAAACUCUGGUCCAAUUAAAGAGCAAAAAGACAAGUAUACAGAGCACAGACAGACCCAUGGCAGCAGUCGUGAGCCUCUGCUGGAGAACAUCACAAGUGACUAUGACCUAGAGCUAUUCAGAAAAGCCCAGGCACGUGCCUUGGAUGAUCUUGAAAAACUCCGGCUGCAGGGUCAGGUGACGGAGGGCGGCAACAUGAUAAAGACCAUUGUGUUCGGCCGCUACGAGUUGGACACCUGGUACCACUCGCCGUACCCUGAAGAGUACGCCCGCCUCGGCCGUCUCUACAUGUGCGAGUUCUGCCUCAAAUACAUGAAGAGUCAGACCAUUCUGCGUCGUCACAUGGCCAAAUGUGUGUGGAAACAUCCACCAGGUGAUGAGAUUUACAGAAAAGGGGCUAUAUCUGUUUUUGAAGUGGACGGCAAGAAGAACAAGAUUUAUUGUCAAAACCUGUGCCUCCUUGCCAAACUCUUCCUGGACCACAAAACUUUGUAUUACGAUGUGGAGCCGUUCCUCUUUUAUGUGAUGACCGAAGCUGACAAUACGGGCUGCCAUCUUGUAGGAUACUUCUCCAAGGAAAAGAAUUCAUUCCUGAACUACAAUGUCUCCUGCAUCCUGACCAUGCCACAGUUUAUGAGGCAGGGUUAUGGCAAGAUGCUGAUUGAUUUCAGUUAUUUGCUGUCCAAAGUAGAGGAGAAGGUUGGCUCCCCUGAACGGCCUCUCUCUGACCUGGGACUCAUCAGUUACAGGAGUUACUGGAAAGAAGUGCUCCUUCGCUACCUGCACAAAUUUCAGGGCAAAGAGAUCUCCAUUAAAGAAAUCAGCCAAGAAACAGCGGUCAACCCUGUAGACAUUGUCAGCACUUUACAGUCACUCCAGAUGCUGAAGUACUGGAAAGGGAAGCAUCUGAUUCUAAAAAGACAGGAUCUGAUUGAUGAUUGGAAAACCAAAGAGGAAAAACGUGGAAGCAGCAAGACUAUUGACCCUACGUCCUUGAAGUGGAGCCCACCCAAAGGAACCUAAGACAUUAAUCUGCAUGCUCUUCACUGUUUGCUGUAGCUUAGCUGGUCUUGGUCACUACUAGAAUAGUUCAACACAUAGGAAGGUGUUCUCUUUCAUAGGUUCACACAACAAUACAUAGCUAUGACGCUUUGGGAAUGCCUCUUGGGUGUGCAGAUUGUCUGAAGCUUGAAUGGAAUCAUGCCAAUUCAUUGGCUGAUGGUGUGGACACCACAUCAAUGUCACUACGUCACCCACUCUAACACUAGCGACCGCGCUAUCUGCUCCUCAGAUUUAUUUCGUUCAGAAGCAGUUGUUUAGCUCUUCAGAAGCCAUUUAUCUGGCUCAUGUUUCAGCUUAUAUCUUUGAGUUUCCCUUUUGUACUUCACUGACUGCAUUCAGUGAAACCUUGUUUCUCCUCUCAGUGAAGUGUUAUGUUUGUCACUGCCAGCUAACGUGCUCUUGUCUUAUCGCGAGCAACAAGAUUGCACAGUAAGUUUGAUAAAUGUAUGGGUAUCACAUGUAAGGUGCUUUUACAGCGCUUCCAACUGUAAUUUUUGUGUGAAUCUCAGUCUCAAAACUCUUUGCUAGUUUACAUUUUGUACACUGUUGCAUCCAUCUAGGAGGAUUUCAGGCCCACUUUAGUCGACAGUGUCCUGCCAAGCGUCUAGGAGGUGCUGCCUUCUGCAGGCCUAUACUGAGCUAGUAGAUAUGUUAGCGCACGCUACCGAAAAACUUAAUAUUGAGUACCUGGACGAACCGCGCGAGUCUCAGUCCUCUAAGUUCUGACUCCAGAAGCUUUUCUUGGAGAAGGAGAAGGUUUUCUCCACAACAAAGGUUUUUCUCCCAUCUUGCAGGUGGUAUUAAACAUGGACAUAGUAUCCGUGACGUCAACCGUAGAUUUCUGAAGAGUGUUCUUGAAGCUCAAAGAUGCGGGAGCUGGAUGCUCAAACCAUGCCCAGCUAGCUCGAUGGUGGUGACCGUAGCGGCAAUCCACCUGUCACUCAAGUGGCCACGCCCUUAAUUAUGCAGAACUUUAAGGCUUAAUAUAAUUUAAACGAAUAAAUUAUAAAAUAAAUUCACCCCCCUCAGAGUUGUCAUGAAGGGCAAAAUUAGCAAUAUAGAACAAAACCAAAACUAUUUGAACCUGGAUGUAAAUGUUUUUUUCUGCUGUUAAGUUGGGCAUUUUAACAUGGGGAGUCUAGCGGCCAGUCGAUGGAUUACAGUUUUAGUCACCUCUGUGUUGGUUUCACGAGAGAGACUGGAAGGUUUUCGCCUGGUCAUACGUGUAGCUACGCAGUGUUUAGUAAACCUGUGAAAGAGAACAUUUUGAGUUACCCAUGUUCUCAAUAGGAAAUGUUGAAUGUUGAAUAGGAAACGAGACUGUGUUUGCUGCCAAACUCCUCACACUGCCGACAGGACUUCUUCGGCAGGAAACCUGAGGAGUAGAUGCUGCGGUCGCUAGUUUUAGAGUCUGUGACAUAGUGACGUUGAGGUGGUCAUUAUCCAGUGAAUUGGUGUGAUUCUAUAUGGGCUUCAGACAAUCCACACACCCAAGGGGCGUUCCCAUAGCUUUGCAGCAUCUCGUUCGCUAUUCAGAGAACAUGGGUAAUGCAAGUAACCAGAGACGUUUUCUUUGUUACAGAAAGCUAGAAGUAGGGCUGCAAUCCUAACUGCGUCCUGUGUCACAUGGUUCAGUUAGAACAUUUUGAGUUACCUUAAGCCUGGAAUACACUACACAAUUUUUGCCCAGAUUUUCCACCAAUUUAAAGUCUGGAGGAGUUGACGCUGGUUGCUGAAAGUCAGAGCCAGUCUGCAGAUUUGAGUUGACAGAUUUCAUAGAGAAUCACGUAAUGUAUGAUGCUCACAGACACAGUUUUCCUUUGUGACUAUUUACAAAGUCUGUAAGUGUAUGAUGCCUAGUUUUUGUAAAAUUUGUUCAGGUUUUAAAACUUGUGUAGUGUAUUCCAGAAUUUAGCUGUCCUAUUAGACUAGUACCAGUAUCCGAUACUCAAAUGGCAAUUGUUUUUACUGCUGUUGUUUUUUUGCAUCUGCAUCUCUGUUUUAGAGAAAUGACUAUUUGACUGUUAAAUAUUUGUUAGUUUUGUGAACUAAAGAGCUUCUUUUUUUUUCCUAUGAUCCAUAUAUGUAUUCCCAACCCUAUUUGACAUUAGCCAAAGUCAUUGCACUAAGUGAAAGAGUAUUUUAUUAGCACAAGUGAGACUAACCCAUUGCAGUAAAUGUGAAUAACCCUUCAUCUUCAUGGAAUGUUUUUUUCAAACGCCUAUACACGAAAACUAUUAAGUGUAAGCUUCUCUUAGUUUAUAGCAUUUGUGAGCAGCCAGAAUAUCUUAAACCAGCUCUUAGAAUUACCAUGAUGACCUUGUAAACUAAAUUUAACAGACUGUACUACGAUCUGUCAGUAGCAUGUGUUGCACUAGAUACUCUGCACUCUGAAAUAAAUUCGGUCACUGUUUAAAA